AGCUGAUCAUUUUAGUUUUGUAAAGUACAAUAUAUUGAGCUAUCGUUUGAUUUCUAGUAAAAUAAACUGAUUUAAAUAAAAUGCAUAAUGCAAAGAAGAAAACUAAAACUGGUAAAAUACCUAAACCAAUUAAGAUUAAGAAGGAAAAAACCGAAGAAGAUCGUACACUACACUCGAUGUCGCACUAUGUAGAUGACCGGUUAGAAUUGGUGAAACAAAUCUUUGGAUCACUGAAACCAAAAACCAUUACAAAUCUUGCGCCGGACUUCUUAAAAAAAAAAAGUAUGGAUGAAAUAGAAGAACUUUGUCUGAACGAAUUGCUGGGCAUAUCAACUAAACGUUUACUAUCUAUAAUUAAUGCCACUAAAUGCCCUACGGAUACGGAGUCUUCCAGCGAUUCGGAUGUGGAACAUCAAGAAGAGCACAUAUCUUUGGAGGAAAUCUCGUCAGAUAGUGAAAUUGAAGGCGCCUCUUCCAGUGCGGGUAAAAAAAAGACCAACGGAUCUGACGGUAAAGGUAAUACCAAAAAACACACAAAAGGAACAGCCGAAAAAGAGGAAAAUAAUGGCCAAAUAAGCGUUUUGGAACUUUUGGAAUUGCAAGCACGUGCGCGUGCCAUAAGGUCUCAACUCGCACUUGAGCCAGUAACAAAGAUCGAAGUGGAUUCGGAUGCAGAGAAGAUUGAUGAAAAUAAGAGCAGCUCGAAACCGACGAGUGAAACGAACUCAAAAGAGCAUAAAGGCAAACGUAGACGUAAGUCCAGCGAGAAAAGUAAAGAUAUGGACAAGACACAAACAAUCGUAAGUAAGGUGGGUAAAGAAACUGUAAGCACCGUAAUUGCCGCACGAAGUACAUCAAGUUCAAAAUCAAAGAAGAAAGAUGACUUGUCCCAAUCGAUUAAAGCAAACAAAUUAAAAAGGAAUUACCGUGUUAACAACACGGAGACCGACUCAGGAUCUGCAGAUAACGAUAAGAGAACAAGGAACGGUGAACCGAGCGCUACAACGAAGGAGGUGAAGAAAGAGACCAAGUCGCGUUCGCCCACACCGGAUGUCAUACCAAUAAUUCCGGAGCCGGAGACCUUAUGCAUCAGCGAUAGCUCGGAUGGCGAACCGGAGGGUGCAGGAAAAAUUAAAACAACACAAACUGAAGCGAGUAAAAAUAGUAAUGAUAAUGGCAAAGAAGAACAGUCUAAAGCUAAUGCCAUAAGAAAACCUUCGAGAGAACGAAAAAUUACUGAGCCAGAAGAAGGUGAAAUAUGCGACAAUCCAGUAGAAGAAAAUGAAUCAAACGACAAGAAUGAGUCUAGUGAGUCGAAAGAUUUGUCAGCUAGCACAGAAGAAACGAAGAAUGCUACAGAGCCAGUAAGAGCGCAAAAAGAUAUUAUUGAAGCUGGGGUAUCAGAUGGAGCUGGGGUAUCAAAUGAGACCGAAAAGACUGGCGUUGGAAAAGAAGAGGAAGACAACUCAAAAGAAUCUCUAGCGCCUGUUGCUAAGAUAACAGAUACAACCAUAAGUGUCACGCCAGCUACAGAAAAGCUAACCACAGCGCCUAGUAUCGAAGAUGAGGACGAUGGUAAUGAUGAUGUCAUCUCACUUGAAGGUGGUGACCUGGAAGAAGAAAUGAUUGAACAUUUAGAAGAAGAUACUAAUACAAAAUCUUCAUUUGCAACUUCUCCAAAAAAGAGUAACGCUGUCGGUGAAGAACAGGAUGAAGAUGUCAUAUCUUUGGAUUCUAGUGAGGAGGAGGAAGCUGAAAAAACUAACACAGAGUCAUGGCAUUCACGCUAUUUGAAGAGCUCCAAAGUAAGCAAAGUGCUAGCAACAUCACGUUUGGGAAAACGUGUACGCGACAAUAUAAAGAAAUCCAAACGUUCUAAAAAAGAUUCGGAGCGUGUUAAAAAUGCAGAAGAGAAAGAAAAAUCGAAUACCAGUUACGCUUCCAAACACGAGGACGGUUCCAUUGAGCAAUACAAAGAGUUGCUCGCUAUGCGACAGCGUAAAAAGUAGCAGUAGCUGAUAUUGAAAAUAAUUCUUUAGUAUUUAGUUCUAUUUUCUCAUUACAUUAAUGCACAAGCCACAUCGUUUCACCCGCAAUUAUGCAUAAUAAUAUGAAAUCGAUUAAUUUAAUAAAAAUUCAGAAUGAAAAACUU